ACACUUACUCACACAGCAAAAACCCCAGAGAAAGCACAAAAAAAAAAAAAGGGAAAGAACGAAAAAAAUGCGUGGAUUAUUCUUCGGAUUUUCAUUUAUAUUGAUUUGCAUAGAGCUAUUUGUAGGUGCUAAUGCAUUGUAUGGUCCCUCUUCCCCUGUUGUUCAGUUAAAUCCUUCCAAUUUCAAGUCCAAGGUCCUUAAUUCUAAUGGGGUUGUGUUAGUUGAGUUUUUUGCACCGUGGUGUGGUCAUUGUAAAGCUUUGACACCGACAUGGGAAAAAGCAGCUUCAGUUUUGAAAGGUGUUGCUACUGUGGCAGCUCUGGAUGCUGAUGCUCAUCAGUCCCUUGCUCAGGAAUAUGGAAUUAAAGGAUUUCCUACCAUUAAGGUUUUUGCACCGGGGAAAUCUCCGGUUGACUAUCAAGGAGCAAGAGACGUCAAGCCAAUCGCUGAAUUUGCGUUGCAACAGAUUAAGGCUCUCCUAAAGGAUCGGUUGAAUGGAAAGGCAACAGGAGGAUCAAGUGAGAAGAGUGAGAAGUCUGAACCUAGUGUAUCAGUUGAAUUGAACUCUCAUAAUUUUGAUGAUUUGGUGCUAAAAAGCAAAGAUCUAUGGAUUGUUGAGUUUUUUGCACCUUGGUGUGGACACUGUAAGAGGCUUGCUCCGGAGUGGAAGAAGGCUGCAAAUAACCUCAAGGGGAAGGUGAAGUUGGGUCAUGUGGACUGUGAUGCGGAGAAGUCUCUUAUGAGCAGGUUCAACGUGCAAGGAUUCCCCACAAUAUUGGUAUUUGGCGCUGACAAGGAUAGCCCAAGUCCUUAUGAAGGUGCAAGAACUGCCUCGGCCAUUGAAUCAUUUGCUUUGGAGCAGCUGGAGACCAAUGUUUUGCCUCCUGAAGUCACUGAGCUGACUGGCCCAGAUGUCAUGGAAGAGAAAUGUGGUUCUGCUGCCAUAUGUUUUGUGGCUUUCCUGCCUGACAUAUUAGACUCCAAGGCAGAGGGACGGAACAAGUACCUUGAAAUGUUGUUAUCAGUUGCUGAGAAGUUCAAAAGAAGCCCAUACAGUUUUGUCUGGGCAGCUGCAGGUAAGCAGUCAGAUCUAGAAAAGCAAGUAGGUGUUGGUGGGUAUGGAUACCCAGCUUUAGUUGCUCUUAAUGUGAAGAAAGGAGCUUAUGCUCCUCUCAAGAGUGCAUUCGGACGAGACCAGAUUAUAGAAUUUGUAAAAGAAGCUGGACUUGGCGGAAAGGGGAACCUGCCUCUUGGGGUCACUCCUUCUAUUGCAAAAAUUGAACCAUGGGAUGGGAAAGAUGGAGAAAUCAUUGAAGAAGAUGAAUUCUCCCUUGACGAAUUAAUGGGGGAUGACACUGCAAACAAGGAUGAGUUGUAAUCCUUUUUAGGUUUAAUGUUAACAGACAAUUUUGAUAUAUCAGUUGAGGGAUUGCUGGUUUAACUCAGUUGCAGAUGUAAUUUUCUUUAAAAACUGCACGCAACCAAAUCCCUAGUUUCCUUUUGAAGGAGAAUGUAAAAGUUCAUAAACAUCCUGUGCAAAAUGGUAAUUUUUGCUGCAUUGGAGUUAAAGCAAAUGCAGUAUGUGAGCUUGAUCUAAAAAAAGGUAGUGCUGUAAA